AUGGAGAGUGUAGACACACGGCGUUAUCAAUCCUUUCAGCUUCUUGAACUUUUUAUUGAUCUCAUUCACGGCGAUCUCAUUCGCGGUGACGUCGCCUGCCGCCGCGUAGCGGAUGCUUUCGUCUCGGCGUAUGAAGAUGCCAUCCGCUGGCUUGUCACGGAGGAGAACACAUUUACCCCCGCACUUAAGGGUGCCAUCAACACGUAUUGUGCAAGGCACGUUAUUCGUACAGCACCGGAGCUUCUCAUCGUCUCAGAAAAGGCGGUGGGGGCGUAUAAACAGAUUGCUGACGUGUUAUGUGAGACGGAGGAACUGUCACAUAUGGGCAAGGCGAUGGCAUAUGAGUUGUCGCAUUUGAAACGUCGCCUUGAAACAAAACGUUUUUCCAGGUUAGUUGACCUUAUGGCUGACGUUGUCGUUGCGUACAUGCAAAAGGCAUUCCAGCAGCACGAGGAAGCAAAGGCGUCGUGUAUGCAUUUACAAAAGGACCCGGCAUUCUGGGUGUCUGUAGAGAAGUUUUGUACGUCUCCAACACGUAUAGAGAAUGAAUAUAUCACUAUGGAUAAAAAGCGUCAGCGAGAGGAGAAGAAGGAGGAGGUACUGCAGGUGGAUAAAAACAGACUCUCAAAGGAGGCACCAGUGCGUGGCUUCUCAGAGGAACUCCGUCUUGCCAUAUCUUCCCCCAUAAAGAGUCACACCACACAAGCUAUCAGUACUCGCUUUAUCGCAUGUGCCCAACCGUCGCCAUCUCCUCCGAGCAUCGCGGAAACAGAAGAAGAAGAAGAAGCAACGCGAAGCAAAGAGCCUGUAAAAUGCACUGGGCGUGCUUUACUCCAGGCGAAUGAUUCGGUGUUGGCAGCCGUGGAAGGCAUGGGAAAGAGAGAUUUUCAAACGGCGCAGGAUGUCAGCAGUGGCUUUAUUGUGGCGGAUGACUCGGGAGUAUCUCUCAUGCCCGCCCCAUCGACCAUGCGGAAGGGUGUCAUGGUCGCAGGGGGUCUAAACGAAGCUGACGCAUCGCUCCUUUCUGAUGAUGUUCACGUGAGGAGCUAUUUUCUCUGCGCAAAAACGAAUCGCUACGAGCCUCAGGCUUCUUGGGGAUCUCUUCCAUAA